CAGACACACACUCUGACGGCGCUGAGCAGGGAGUAUAAAAGGGGCAUCCUUCCCACUCAGCGCAGAAGUGCUCUCACUCUCACACACUCCUAUAACCUGCUGAAGAUCUUUUCUCAAGAUGAAUGCUGGGCUGUGUGUGUGUGUCGUGCUGGCAGUCCUGUGUGCGAGCUGUUUGGGGCUCCCCUUCUCCUCCCAGCCAUUAGACGAGGGCCAGCGCCCCAUCUCUGCUCUCUCUGAAGCUGUCCUUGAGGCUGACACCCACACCUUGGGAGAUCUCCACCUCCGACACAGGCGCUCUGCCCCCCAGCUGAAAGCUCUUCCUCUGGCUGAGGAGGAUGCAGACUCCCGAGCCAAUCUCAGUGAGCUGCUCGCUAGACUCAUCUCCUCCAGGAAAGGUUCUGUGCGCAGAAACUCCACGGCAAACAGCAAAGGCGUCGGACCGAGUGCCAACCACCGGAUAGCAGACAGGGACUACUUAGGCUGGAUGGAUUUCGGCCGCCGCAGUGCAGAGGAGUAUGAGUACUCCUCAUAAGGGGAAGUCACGGCUCACACCACCACCACCAUAUGGGCACAAGAUAAAAAGAAGAAAAAAAAAAAACCUGCGCAAGCUGUCUCACAAUAAGAGUCUAUUUAUGAUGUAUUUGUUGUACAUUUGUUUGUAAAACUGUAAUAAUGCAAUAUACAUACAGUAUGCCAAAUUUUGCAGAAAAGCUCUCACUGUCCAACUUUGUUCGUUUUUUGGAUUUCUCUGGUUUCUUUAUCAUUCAAAGUGGAAAGGAGUCAGAUGGUGUCAGGGCUUGUGGAAAGUAACCAAAUAAAGAUUUAAACUGUC